AUGGAGGGCGAAAGCACCGCCAAGUUCAUCAAGCUGAGUGGAGAGGAGAUCCCCUGCGUUGUGCCAUCCGGGAGCACUGUGCGAGAAGCAGCUCCGCUGCUGCAGAAGUUCCUUCCCAGAGGGUCGUUACGGCUGAUUACGGAGACUGGGAAGGUGCUCUCCGGGAGUGAUGUCAUUCCCUCAGAAGGCCUCUUGCAGGUGCAAGUGAUGAGCAUUGCCAAAGGCCGAUGGUCCUCGCUCUACAGUGCCGCCUUUGACGGCUUCGAUGAGGCUGCUCUACGGGCGGCCUUGCGACAAGCCUGGCCGGGCGAUUUUCAAAGAAAGGGCCCUGAAAUGGGAGACCUUGAAGAUAAGCAUAGACUAAAAUGA